GUUGCAGAAAACUCGGUGCAGCGUGACGGGGAUUUCUUGAUCCGUGAUUCGCUGUCCAUCCCGGGAAGUUACGUUCUGACCUGCCAGUGGCGAAACGCCGCCCAGCACUUUAAGAUCAACAAGAAGGUCGUGAUGCUGAAUGAGGCCUACUCCAGAGUGGAGUACCGGCUGGACAGAGAAGGGUUUGACAGCGUCCCUGCACUCAUCAGAUACUAUGUGGGCAACAGAAAACCUGUCUCACAGGUGGUCGGAGCCAUCAUCUUCCAGCCAAUCAACAGAGGCCUUCCACUGCGCUGCCUGGAGGAGAAGUACGGGCUCUCCAGCUCCCACAGAGACGCGCUCAUGGCUCAAGAGAGACGGAGUCAGAAACGUCUCAGCCUCAACAUCACCAACGGACACACGCACGACAACGCACACGGCGCGCACGACGGCACACACCAGGACAACGGCGUGGGCCGAAGCCGGCAGCUCAG